UGACGCGAAAACGUCGGUUGGUCUUUUCCUCUCGUAGGAAUUAACCACUAGUCAGUUCUCUUUAGUGUUUGCCGAUGUUGGAAGUAAAUUAGGGUUUGUCCCUGAUAACUAGGGUACAAUUUCACUUAACAUUCUGUGUAUAUGCUUUGACAUUUGGUUGAAAUCUAGUAUUGGAAGACUUGUAGUAACGACUGUCAGAGCUUUGGAGACGUGACAAAAGAUGGCACAAGUUAAAGUUCAGACUGCAGCAAGCCUCUGUGGAUCUUCCCUGUCUCCCACGAUGCAGCUCCCAUCUGUGAACAGCUCAGGUCCUUUAGGUCUCCAGGCUUCAGUGAAUGGAACAGCUCCAGCUCCCACCUGUACUAGUCCGGCAGCUGUAGUUGCAGAUUCUGGUGUUUCUCCUAACUCACCAGCCUCUCUCCAGGAUAACAUGGCAAACCCCAAAGAGAAAACUCCAAUGUGUCUGGUGAAUGAGUUAGCCCGUUUUAACAGAAAUCAACCCCAGUAUAAUCUUUUGAGUGAAAGAGGGCCUGCACAUGCAAAGAUCUUUACUGUGCAGCUGAAUCUUGGGGAGCAAAGCUGGGAAGCUGAAGGAACUAGUAUUAAAAAGGCUCAACAUGCUGCUGCUGCACUUGCGUUAAAAGAAACAACACUCCCCAGACCAAGUCCAAGACCACCAAAGAAUAUUGUAAACAGCAAUCCAGGUAGUAUAACACCAACAGUCGAACUAAAUGGUCUAGCUAUGAAACGAGGAGAACCUGCAAUAUAUAGACCUUUAGAUUCAAAACCACUUCCUAACUAUAGAGGAAAUUACAACUUCCGGGGCAUGUAUAAUCAAAGGUAUUAUUACCCAGUGCCGAAGAUUUUCUAUGUCCAGCUAACUGUAGGGAACAGUGAAUUCAUUGGGGAAGGAAGGACUCGUCAAGCUGCUAGACACAAUGCUGCAAUGAAAGCUCUGCAGGCACUUCGUAAUGAACCAAUCCCAGAAAAGGCACCACAGCUGAGGAACAAAUCGCCUACAGUCGACGACAUCAGGACAGAAGAGGCACAAGGCUGGUUGAAGAAGCUGAAUGAAGAAGUUAAAGAGGAAGAAGAACCCAAAGAAACACAAGAUGAUAAAGAUGCAAAUAAGUCUGAAAUCAGUUUGGUGUUUGAGAUUGCUCUUAAGCGCAACAUGCCAGUCAAUUUUGAGGUAAUUAAAGAAAGUGGGCCUCCUCAUAUGAAGAGUUUUGUUACGCGUGUAACGGUUGGAGAGUUCAUUGCAGAAGGGGAAGGAAAUAGUAAGAAACUUUCCAAAAAGCGGGCAGCCAUUGCUGUGCUUCAAGAACUAAAGAAACUUCCUCCUCUGCCUGUGAUUGAAAAGCCAAAACUGCUCUUUAAAAAACGACCUAAAACUAUUCUUAAGACUGGACCUGAGUAUGGUCAGGGAAUGAACCCAAUAAGUCGUCUGGCACAAAUACAGCAGGCCAAAAAGGAGAAGGAACCAGAAUACAUGCUACUGUCUGAAAGGGGGAUGCCCCGCCGUCGUGAAUUUGUUAUGCAGGUCAAAGUUGGUAAUGAAGGAGCCACAGGUACAGGUCCCAGUAAGAAAGUAGCAAAGCGGAAUGCUGCAGAAGCCAUGUUACUGCAACUUGGGUAUAAAGCCUCAACCCCUCUCCAAACUGCAACCGAGAAGCCAAAUGAAAACAAGGCUUGGAAUGGACAGACUUCGAGCUUCCCUGAACAAACAAGCAACAGUCAAAAGGGAAUUCUUCACCUUUCACCUGAUGUUUAUCAAGAGAUGGAAGCAAGUCGUAACAAGGGAACUCCAGGUUCCACUGUGAACUACCUUCCACACAAAGAGAUCAGUCAAAGUCCCAGUGCUUUCUUCAACAACACCGCGGCCAUUCCUCGAGAACUUCUUUUGAAUGGAGCAUCGCCAGCUGCCGAAGCCAUAGGUCUCAAGGGAAAAGCUCCUAGUUCCUCUUCUGUGGUUGUACAGCCGACUCAACAGUUGGAGUACUUGGCUAGAAUACAAGGAUUUCAGGUGCAGUACAAUAUCAAACAGAAUGGCAAUGAGUACAUGACCUAUCUAGCACUGUCACCUGUGCAGAUGACAUUCCAUGGCAUUGGAAGCUCCAUAGAAGCUAGCCAUGACCAGGCAGCUCUAAGUGCCUUGAAACAGCUUUCUGAACAAGGACUAGACCCUGUAGAUGGAGCAAUGAAGGUUGAAAAUGGAGCAAUUGAAAACUCCAGUUCCCAGAGGUCUAAUUAUGGCGUCUUUGAAGGAACUCGACAAGUCAAGCAUCUGGGUGAGAAGGCAGACAAUAAACAGACUAACUCAGGCACCAUUGCUCAGGACUGCAAGGAUUCAAAGGCUGUCGUCUAGGACCCCAUGCAACACCCACGGCGGCCAGUGCAUCCUUAUAAAUCUGUCAACACGCAAUAGGGUGUACGUGUACAAGGAAAUGAAUGACUAAUACCAUUAUUUGAGUCUAUGUGAAGACAACACUAUCCUAACGCAAAGUUAAUGCCCAGAGACAAGAAAAUGUAUUUUUGUGGAUUCUUUUUUCUUUUACUGAUUUUAACCCCCCUUGAAAGAAACAUUCAGAUAAGUUUGUAGCCUAGUUGCACCAAAAUACUGUUGUGCUGCUAAGUUCGAAUUAAUAAUUUUAUUAGAAACAAGUGGUAGAAAGAUUUGUAGGUAAAUAUUUCAUUGAUAAAUACUACAACACCAACUCAGUUAUUAAGAGUUUUUUGUAGUGUAGAAUGUUAAGCUUUUUGUUUUUUUAGAAUCUGCUUCUCUAUUUACAAGUUAACCAAUAACAGUGCCGUGAAAGUCGUAGUUGUUGUCUUCAUAUAUAGUCAUCCAGCUUAUAUUUUCUGCAGACAUUAAGCAUUUUUUUCAUUCUAUAUGAAUAUGUAUAACUUUCAGAUACAGUACUUGAAACUGUAUGCAGACAAGUUAAAUUAUGAGAAGUUGCUUAAUACAUGAACUGAUGUUAGCACAGAUCAGUAGAGACAUAUUCCUGGAACAGCAGUUAAGACAUUCAAGUUAUAUCACCUAUUCUUAAAAACUGAGGUGUCUUGCUUCCAAGUAUCAUACUCUCCUUUUAUCCCCUCGCUGUUGUGUGAUGCACAUCUACACCCAUUCUGUGUUGUAUUGACCCACCAUUUGCAUCAACUGAGUGUUUUUAAUAACUGCAUUCUGACCUGAAAAAGCAGUAAAUUCCUAAGUGAAAAGAGCAACAUAUUUACUGUAGGAGAGGGAGUAGCAGCCAGAGUUAUGUUGUAUAGAGUUUUCCAUUCUAGUACUUGUGUAUAGAGAUGUGAUGUUUUCAAGUGAACUCUGUACUGUUAUGACUGAAAUGAAUGUAAGGCCAAAUGCAGUAAAACCACGUCAGUUCAUGUGUAA